AUGAAAAGGGGUGAAAUAAUUUCGAAAGAGAAUAUCAAAGGAAUUACCGUUCUCAAUUGGAAGGAUAAAAGGAACGUUAUUAUGUUAUCAACCAAACACACCAAUGAAACGGUUGAUGUUCCGAAAAGGAACGGUGAAAGUGUUGCUAAACCUAAGGUUGUAGCAGACUACAAUAAGGCAAAAUCGUCUGUCGAUUUAUCCGAUCAAAUGGCUGCGUAUUCUUCACCUCUACGAAAAACUGUGAAAUGGUACAAAAAACUGACCAUUGAGUUACUGUUAUCAACAGCUUUGAUAAAUGCCUAUAUUUUAUACAGGGAAUGUACAGGCAAUGUUAUCGGUAUUGUUGACUUUUGA